CCACGAUCAGCAGUUCACGCCAAACACAUACCGCGCGAUCUCGCACAAACCAACUCAAGGAACUCAGGGGACACCUCCCUCGCAUUGGACCUCCCACGGACUGGAACACACCGCACAAUGUCCUACACCUUCUCUAUCCUCUCCCCCCUCGACGUCCCCCUCUUCACUCACGACUUCGGCACCUCCCGCUCGGGCGGCGACGGUGUCGCACGCUUCACCCCCUCAGAACGCGCCUUGGUCCCCUUCAUUCUGCACUCCGCGCUCGACAUCGUCGAAGAAGUCCAAUGGGGGCCCUCCACCUCCUCCGGCAGCGCGCCCAUGUACCUCAAGCACAUCGACAAGUACCAGAACUGCUACAUUUCGUGCUGGAUUACGGGCGCGAAUACACGGUUUCUCCUCUUGACGCGGCCGCGCGAUGAGAGUCUGGGGCUGACGGGAAGUGGAGGCGGUGCGAGGGGGAGUUUGGCGGGCGGGCGAGCGGCGCUGGGAGGUGGGCAGGGACUGUAUAAUCCAACCAGUCCGGCGACGGAGGAGGCGGUGAAGAACUUCUUUGUCGAUGUGUAUGAGGCCUGGAUGAAGACUAUUAUGAAUCCGUUCUUUCAGGUGGGCAACGGGGAUGUGGUUAAGAGCCCCGUGUUCAGGCAGAGGGUUGCUGCGGCGGCGAAAAAGUAUCUGUGAAAGGGAGAAAGACUUUAGGAAACGAGCAUGAGGACCUGAUGUCCGUUGGAAAUUCAAGGGGGACAAAGUCCACGUGAGAAGUCCACACUCAAGAGUAGUUGGGAUCUGCCAGCCUGAGGCGUUGUUGCUAUGAUACCCAGCAGCACUUGCCCUGCUAAAAGCCUCUCAAGGAUCUGCAUGGCACGAAGGAUGGCACCCUAUCGCAGCAAGACAUGGCGUUGAAGGUUAAUUGCCAACGUCCUGCGGUUCCAUCCGACCUGCACUCGAGCGCAAUUCUCAGCCUCUUGUAGCACCUGGCCCCGCUCUCGGCUGUUCGGCUACGAUAGGCUAUCUAGGACAGUGAACGAGAAGAAAGGGAAGAAAACAUCGCUGAGCAGAUUAGGUUCUUCCAUCCAGGGCCUGGUUCUGAUGAGGACAUAUCUGGCUACCUCACAAAGACAGAAGUCAGUUAGUAUUACGUGGCCUUCAGAAUAUGAAUGAUUCGUCA